AUGCAUUUCCGACAAGCUCUCGCCUAUAUUGUCCUCACCCUGGCUUGCGCGUUAGAGUGCAGAACCGAGUCCAAGUGUGCAGGGGAGAGGCCUGGCUGGCCCGAGGGCGGCCGCAACAGCUGGAACCUGGAGAGCUAUUCCUGGAACAAAGGCAAGCACUACGCGGGAAGGGACACGAGCACGGGGGAGAUCGCGGCCACCCGAAGGUGA